ACAGACAACCAUUUUAUCCAAUAAGAACGGGAUAUGUUUCUCGUCGAAAGGUUGGAGGAGGAGCCUACUCACAUUUGUUAUGGAAGAUGUCAUUCGUGAGAGGAGCCGUGAUAACUGCGUCAAAGUCAAAAGUAUUGCGCCUUGCCAGGGCUUCUGCUCUUGUGAACACCCUCAAUGUGAGCCAGCAGUCACACCGGGUUCCUGAAACCCGUCUGCUCCGUUAUACAGUGGGGAUUCAGCGUUUCAGCAGCUCUUCAGCGCAGGAGAAACUAGCUGAGUCAGGUCCACCUGAAGAUAAAGUACACCUCACCGAGUCAUGUGUGAAGAGACUGAGUGAAAUUAUGGAGAAGGGCGAGUACCUUAGAAUACAUGUGGAGGGAGGUGGCUGCUCUGGGUUCCAGUAUAAAUUUUCUGUUGUGAAUACCAAGACUGAAGAUGACAGAGUGUUUGAGCAGGGAGGGGUGGGUGUUAUCGUUGAUCAGGACAGCCUGGAGUUCGUGAAAGGAGCCACAGUAGACUUCACCCAGGAGCUGAUCCGCUCCACCUUCCAAGUGCUGAAGAAUCCCCAAGCUGAUCAUGGCUGCUCCUGUGGCAGCUCCUUCUCUGUCAAAAUAUGAGCCGAUUUCCAGUUUAUCGGAAUGUUAGAGACACUUCCUAAUAUAAUGCAUUCUUCCUUUUUCAGAUUAAUAAUCACAACAGAAAUUCUUCAGUCUGUGUGUGACACAGUGUCAACUAAAACUGAACAUUAUAAGCUACACAUAGAUAGAAGUUGUUGCAGGUUGAUUAUGUGGGACUGGCUUUAACAAUACAUGUGUACCUAAUAAACUGGUAACUUGAGUUGUUAUAUCAGACAAUAUCUGAUAUUGGAAUUCCUACUUCAGUUUAUUAAUAACAACAUCUAGUGUCACAUACUGGUAGGAAAUCCUUUUCCUUGAAAAAUGUGUUUUCUUUUAGGUGUGAAACUCUUUGAACUGACUGAAAAGCGGGAUAUUUUAAUUGUUGCACUAUUUUGCUGACAAUGAAGUCAAGAAUGCUCACUGAGUUCACAACAUUAAACUGCAGUUUGUCGUGUAUUUAAAUGAACAAAGGCUCAGUUGAAGUGGCUGAGUAUUCAGUGCUUAGAUAUGCCUUUGUGUGUAAAAUAUGUAAAUAGAUCCUAUCUGUGAAAAAGCUAAGCUUUAUUAUAUUUGUUUCAUCUAAAAUAAAACCGAGUGAAUUUAAAGUA